UUUUGUUAUUAUUCUUCUCUAGGAACUAAUUUCUGGAUUUGACCAAGAAGCAGCUGCCGUAGUCAUGGCACGUCAAGUUUCUAUCAAAAUGGAAAACGAGGCUGAAUUUGACCCCAUUAGAUGGUUGGAUAAAUCAUUGAUUCAUUUAUGUUCUCGGUUUGGGGAGUACCAGAAGGAUGCCCCAUCUUCUUUCACCUUAUCUCCUAGAUUUUCAAUAUUUCCUCAAUUCAUGUUUAAUUUACGACGUUCACAAUUUGUCCAGGUCUUUAACAACAGCCCAGAUGAGACAGCAUAUUUUCGAAUGAUUCUUAACAGAGAAAAUGUUGCUAAUUCAGUUGUAAUGAUUCAACCCUCAUUGAUCUCUUAUUCUUUUCAUUCUGGACCAGAACCUGUUCUUCUCGAUGUGGCUUCCAUUGCUGCUGAUAGAAUCCUUCUUUUAGAUUCAUAUUUCAUCAUUGUCAUAUUUCAUGGAUCAACUAUUGCUCAAUGGCGAAAAGCUGGAUAUCAUGAACAGCCUGAACAUCAGGUAACUAGAUGUAAAAAGUAACGGCACAUGCAUAACCUUAUCCUCAUGACACUUUUGAAGGAUAAUUCAUUAGCAUUCAACAGUAAAACCAACACAAAAUAAUCAGACGACAGGAAGAGGUGCCUGGUAUCAAGCAUUAAUUUGUAAAGGUUGAUGUUGUAAAGGUUUGAAUGAAAGAAUGGGUAAUCUUUUAUCAGAAAAAAAUAAGUAAAAAUAAAAAUGGAAGGGUAGCAAUCACUUCCUAAAUUCCAUAUGAACUUUGUUGAUUUUUAUUAUUGCGACUGGUAGACUUUUUUGUGAGAAAUAGUCAAAUAGAACCUUAAAACUCAUCACAGUUUAUGAAGCCUUGGUUUUUGUGAUGUAAAUGGUUGCAAUCUCUUGGGGGAUAUUGCUCUCUCAUUCAAAAUAAAUAAAGGUAAGAAAGGUGCAAUACUAAAGUCUUGCAGCCUUAACCAUGUAAUGCAAAUGAUCCUAUUAAAAAUGUUCCCUUAAUUUUUUCCUUGAUUUUCAAAAAUAUCAAGAUUGCAAGAUAUUAUAACUUUUACUGUUAAUCAAGGAAAAUUUUAUUCUGUAGAUUACUAAUUUUUAUUUGAGCUCUCAAUUUUUAGGACGACUUAGGUCCUACUUUUAACUAUAGAACCAUAUUCUAAACUAGAGUCUAAAUCAGAAAAAUACACUCAAAUACGCUAAGUAAAUUAUUGUUGAAAAUUGUGCAAACAAGUGGAAAAGAAGCAUACUAAUGAAAUAUCGUUUAAUUUCAUUUUCUGAUCAUAUAU